AGUCCCUUUAUUAUUAUUAUUUUUAUUUUUGGGUUAGUAGUAACGGAGGAUCAAAAGGGGUGGUCAAAAUGACCUCCUUCUCCUCUGUUUUUGAAAACAGAGCACCUCAGGUCUCUGUUUUCCUCCGCUUCUUGAUUUCUUUGCAUUGUUUUUCAUUGAUCUCGGUUCGGGUUUUUGCGCAAACAUCACCUGUUUUUGCCUGUGAUACUACUAAAAAUCCAAAGGUUGCAAGUUAUGGUUUUUGUAACGCAUCGUUGGGGACAGAUAUGAGGGUCGCUGACUUGGUGCAAAGGCUUACAUUGCAGGAGAAAAUUCUGUUCAUAGUGAAUAGUGCUGGGAGUGUUAGUCGGCUUGGAAUACCAAAAUAUGAAUGGUGGUCCGAGGCUCUACAUGGAGUCUCCAACGUCGGUCCCGGUACCAAGUUUAGCAGCUUGGUUCCAGGAGCUACAAGCUUUCCUCAGGUCAUCUUGACGGCAGCAUCCUUCAACACUUCUCUCUUCGAAGCCAUUGGCAGGGUGGUUUCGACUGAAGCUAGAGCAAUGUACAAUGUUGGAUUGGCAGGACUAACAUAUUGGUCUCCAAACAUUAACAUAUUCCGAGAUCCUAGAUGGGGAAGGGGGCAAGAAACACCAGGGGAGGACCCAUUGCUCAGCAGCAAAUAUGGAUCAAGUUAUGUCAAAGGUUUACAACAAACUGAUGAUGGUGACCCUUCACUGCUUAAGGUUGCUGCGUGUUGUAAACAUUAUACAGCAUAUGAUUUGGACAACUGGAAAGGAGUUGAUCGCUACCAUUUCAAUGCUGUGGUAACCCAACAAGAUAUGGAUGAUACAUUUCAACCGCCAUUCAAAAGCUGUGUUAUUGAUGGGAAUGUAGCCAGUGUUAUGUGUUCUUACAACCAGGUAAACGGUAAGCCAACUUGCGCAGACCCUGAUCUUCUGGCAGGGGUUAUUCGAGGGCAAUGGAAAUUAAAUGGGUACAUAGUUUCAGAUUGUGACUCAGUAGACGUGUUCUACAAUAGCCAGCACUAUACCAAGACACCAGAGGAAGCUGCAGCCCUAGCAAUUUCGGCAGGGUUGGAUCUCAACUGUGGAUCAUUCCUUGGCAAACACACCGAGGCUGCGGUGAAAGCAGGACUUUUAAAUGAGUCAGCCAUUGAUAACGCUGUCACCAACAAUUUCGCUACUUUAAUGCGACUUGGCUUCUUCGAUGGUGAUCCUAGAAAGCAACUUUAUGGAAAGCUUGGCCCAAAGGACGUGUGUACUCCAGAGAAUCAAGAGUUGGCCCGUGAAGCUGCAAGACAAGGGAUUGUGUUGCUCAAGAACAGUGCAGGAUCGUUGCCUCUAUCUCCUACUGCUAUCAAAACCUUAGCAGUAAUUGGACCUAAUGCCAAUGUCACAAAAACUAUGAUUGGAAACUAUGAAGGCAUUCCAUGCAAAUAUACAACACCUUUGCAGGGUCUAACUGCUUCAGUGGCAACUACUUAUGUUUCUGGCUGCUCCAAUGUGGCUUGUGGCACUGCCCAAGUAGAUGCUGCUAAGAAAAUAGCUGCCUCAGCAGAUGCCACUGUACUUGUGAUGGGCAUAGAUCAAUCACUUGAAAGAGAGAGCUUUGACCGAGUUGACCUUCUUUUGCCAGGACAGCAGCCACUUCUAAUAACAGAAGUUGCGAAGGCGGCCAGGGGACCUGUGAUUCUUGUCAUCAUGUCUGGAGGAGGCUUUGAUAUAUCAUUUGCCAAAAGCAAUGACAACAUUACAAGCAUUCUUUGGGUUGGUUACCCCGGAGAAGCUGGCGGAGCUGCCAUAGCCGACGUGAUUUUUGGGUAUUAUAAUCCAAGUGGAAGGCUGCCAAUGACAUGGUAUCCUCAAUCAUAUGUUGACAAGGUGCCAAUGACAAACAUGAACAUGAGACCGGAUCCUUCCAAUGGGUAUCCAGGCAGAACCUACAGAUUCUACACUGGGGAAACUAUUUAUACAUUUGGAGAUGGACUAAGCUACUCCAACGUCAGCCAUCAAUUAGUUAAAGCACCCAAACUAGUAUCCAUCCCCUUGGAGGAAGACCACGUUUGUCGCUUAUCUGAAUGCAAGUCAGUUGAGGCUGUUGAACAAAGUUGUAAAGAUUUAGCAUUCGACAUACAUUUGAGAGUUCAAAACAAGGGUAGAUAUAGCGGAAGCCACACAGUUUUCUUGUUUUCCUCUCCCCCAUCAGUGCACAACUCGCCUCAGAAGCAUUUGUUAGGAUUUGAGAAAGUUGUCUUGACAGAAAAGUCAGAGUCAUUGGUGAGAUUCAUGGUGGAUGUUUGCAAGGAUUUGAGUGUAGUUGAUGAGCUUGGAAGCCGAAAGAUUGCAUUGGGACAACAUUUGCUGCAUGUGGGGAGCUUGAAACAUUCAUUGAAUUUGAGGGUUUGAAAAGAAGUUUUUCUAAAUCCUCAUGCAUUUUUUUUUUCUCUUUUUAUAUCUGACCUUUUCUUUCUUUUCCUUCUCUUUGCCUAAGGCAAGCUAGGGUGGCAAAUAGAGCCUGAAAUAAGUUGAGAGAGUUAUUAGCAAUUUUCUCAAUUUUUUAUCGU